AUUCUCAAAAACAAUCUAGGCAUGGCAAAAUACAAUAUUAAAAUCUUUGUAAAAUCAUUUAACUUUUCGUGAUAACAAGUAUCAAGGUUAGCCAACUUCAUUUAAAUAGCAGCAAGCCAUAUAAUUCUAGUUAGUUCAACUUUGAUCCACUCCCCAAGCAGUGGAGAUUUUGAUACAAUAUAUUGAUGUUUUUGGCUAAUUAAUUUCAAUUAUGCCUCCAGUCUCCAUAAACGAAGAUGCUCCAAGGAAAAAGUUACGAGUGGCUAUCAUAGGUCAAAGUAGCUUCGCUGCAGAGGUAUUCAAGCUACUUGUUAAAGAUGGUCAUGUCAUAGCUGGAGUAUUUACAGUACUCGACAAAGGCAACAGAGAGGAUCCACUUGCAACUACUGCAGCUCAAAACGGUGUGCCAGUUUAUAAAUACAAAACAUGGCGAAUUAAGGGCAAAAUCAUACCAGAAAUUCUUGAAGAAUACAAAUCUGUGAAUGCUGACAUCAACGUGCUUCCAUUUUGCACGCAGUUUAUCCCCAUGGAAGUGAUCCUAUAUCCAAAAUACGAGAGUAUCUGCUACCAUCCCAGUAUACUGCCCAGACAUAGAGGUGCAUCUUCAAUAAAUUGGACGUUAAUAGAGGGCGACACUACAUGCGGCCUCUCUAUAUUCUGGGCGGACGAUGGCCUCGACACUGGACCUAUAUUACUGCAGAAGAGCUUCCCAGUUACCGUCGACGAUACCGUAGACUCUAUCUAUAACAAGUAUUUGUACCCAGAGGGUAUCAGAGCAUUAGCUGAGUCAGUAAACAUGGUGGCUAAUGGAACCGCACCUAGAAUAGUUCAAACUGAAGAUGGCGCCACUUACGAUCCUGCCUUAUUCAAACCAGAGAUGCAUAAGAUUGACUUCACUAAAGGCGGCGUAGCUUUACAUAAUUUCAUCCGAGGGUUAGACUCUUCGCCAGGGGCGACUGUCUUCAUCAAACCGCAGACAAGGGAAGGCGUAGAUGAAACUAGUGAGGCGACUGUAGAAUUGAAACUGUUUGGCUCUAGUCUAUGGCAAGGGGAAUAUGAAGCGGAGGGUGAUAAAGUUUUCAUACCGGGCUUGGACAAACCUGCCGUUAUACAUGACGCAGGUCUUUUAAUUACAGCAAAUGAUGGAGUUAAGCUUAAUGUUCAAAGACUCAAAGUGAACGGCAAAAUGAUAAAUGCACAGAAUUUUUACAAAAGAAAUGACGAUAAAGUUACAAUAGAACUAACGCCUGAAGAGAAACAAUUUGUUGAAGGAGUACGAGAUAUCUGGAAGGCUAUAUUACGUAUAGAUAUCAGUGAUGACACAGAUUUCUUUUCAUCCGGUGCUGGCUCUAUGGACGUAGUCAGACUUAUAGAAGAAAUUAAAGAUCUAUCAAAAUUAGAACUAUAUAAUGAGGAUAUUUAUUUAAACACAACAUUCAAAGAAUUCUAUGCCGCUGUUAUAUUGAAAUCUAGAGGAGUGUCUAAUGGCAAAGAUAUAGUUUACGAUGGAGUAGAAUUAGAAGUGAACAAAAUGAAGGUCAAAUUCCCUACUCAGUUGUUUAUAAAUGGUGUAUUUGUUAACUCUGAUAGUGGCAAGACAUUGUCUAUAGUGAACCCUAGUGAUGAGAGUGAGAUAUGUAAAGUGCAAAGUGCGUCAGUAAGUGAUGUCGACAGGGCAGUUAAUGCUGCUAAGAAGGCGUUUGAAGAAGGUGAAUGGUCGAAGAUAAGUGCUAGAGAAAGGGGACAGCUGUUAUUCAAGUUAGCAGAUUUAAUGGAGCAGCAUAAAGAGGAGUUAGCAACAAUAGAGUCCAUAGAUUCUGGCGCCGUGUACACUCUCGCGCUGAAAACUCACGUAGGCAUGUCCAUAGAGACGUGGCGGUACUUCGCUGGCUGGUGCGACAAGAUACACGGCUCCACUAUACCUAUCAACCAUGCGCGACCUAACAGAAAUCUGACGCUGACUAAAAAAGAACCUAUUGGUGUUUGCGGUAUGAUAACACCGUGGAACUACCCACUGAUGAUGCUCUCGUGGAAGAUGGCAGCUUGUCUAGCAGCUGGCAAUACUGUCGUCAUGAAACCCGCAGCGGUGUGUCCACUGACCGCGUUGAAAUUCGCUGAGUUAUCAGUAUUGGCUGGUAUACCAGCAGGUGUUAUCAACAUAUUGCCUGGUAGCGGGACGCUCGCAGGUCAUGCUCUAGCAUCACAUCCACUAGUCAGAAAACUAGCAUUUACUGGAAGUACCCCUAUAGGUCAGAAAAUUAUGACAUCGUGUGCAGCGUCUAACAUGAAAAAAGUGUCUUUGGAGCUGGGAGGUAAAUCACCGCUCGUCAUAUUCGAAGACUGCGAUCUCGACAAAGCCGUUAGAAACGGUAUGUCUUCAGUAUUCUUCAAUAAGGGCGAGAAUUGCAUAGCCGCUGGACGUCUGUUCGUCGAGGAGACUAUACACGAUGAGUUUGUUCGUCGCGUUGUCAACGAAACUAAGAAAAUGGCGAUCGGCGAUCCUCUAUGUCGAGGAACUGCUCACGGACCACAGAACCAUGAAGCACAUCUCGAUAAAUUAAUAGAGUUCUGCGAUCGUGGCGUUAAAGAAGGUGCACGACUUGUAUAUGGUGGGAAACGUGCUGAUCGCAAGGGAUAUUUCUUUACACCGACUAUCUUCACUGACGUCACAGACGAUAUGUAUAUAGCCAAGGAGGAAUCUUUUGGACCGAUCAUGAUCAUUAGCAAGUUUACCAGCAAAAACGUAGAUGAUGUGAUAAGGCGUGCGAAUAACACGGAGUAUGGUUUAGCAAGUGGCGUAUUCACAAAAGAUAUAUCGCGAGCGCUUCAAUUCGCUGAACGAGUGGAGGCCGGCACUGUCUUUAUCAAUACAUACAACAAGACUGACGUUGCCGCGCCGUUUGGUGGCUUCAAACAAUCUGGCUUCGGGAAAGAUCUAGGUCAAGAAGCACUAAACGAAUAUUUAAAAACAAAAUGUGUUACCAUAGAAUACUAAUAGAAUAUUUUUGGAUUCCCCAAUACUAGGAUAAUAUAUUUUAAGUAGAACUGACGCAAAUUAUUAAUUAUAUUGUUAAUUGUAAGUGAUGUGUGAACCACAAAUUAUUAUAAGAUAAUAAUAUUCUAAAAUUACUGAACGCCUCAAAUGUGUUACCAUUGCAUACUAGAUUUUAUUAAUAUAUUUUAAGUUUCCUAGGACAAUAUAUUUUAAGGAUAGCUGAUGUCAAUUAUUAAUUAAUUAUAUUGUAAAUGAUGUGUGAACCCACAAAUCAUCACUAUAAUAUAGUGCAAUUAUUGAAACUCUUAUUCAUUAUUUGUUACUGUAAAUAAAUAUAUACAAUGGUUUUAUGU